UUUACAUCAGCCACUCUAGCAGAUUUCAUCAUUAUACAAAGCACUGUAGUUGUCUCAACUUAGCUUAAGCUGAUCUACCAAAUGGCAAAAUUACGCUGUAAAUGUUUAAAUAUUUGUAUACAUGCACAAGGAAGCGAUCUAAAGGAGUUAAAUGGCGAAUCGUUCUUGAAUGGCAAUGAUAAAGAUGACUUUUUCAAUGGCAAAAUCUACGAAGUACAAUUGGCACUUGGUGGCAUACGAAAGGAAGUGGAUAUACUAUUGAAAGAAAGGAAAGUAGAGGAUUGGAUUGUGUAUAAAUGUAUUGGUUGCAUGUCACAAACAUAUGCUCUCCAUUCUGUCAAGAUGGAGGAACGGGUUCUAGUUAGUCCAUCUUUACAGAUGGAUGAAAACUCAUAUGUGAACUUAACCCAAAGCAAAUUAUUUUCUCCUGCAUUUAAAAUAAUUCUACCAACUCCAAUUGAAGAGCAAGAUACUUCAGUGAGUGGCUUUAGUAGUGAAACUAUGACAUCAGCAGAAAUAAAGGUACAUGACCGUUUAAGGAGAUAUUUGAAAGCAGAAGAGGAAGCCAUGUUAGAAAGAAUAAAAAAAUACAGUGAAGAACAGAAAAAACUUUAUUCAGUUGUGCAGUUGCGUGCUCUCAGUGAUAAACGAGCUCUACUAAGUGUUAUAAAACAAGCUGUGGAGAGCAAAGUGCAGGAGUGUUUAUCAGACGCGAUGACUGAUUUACAGCUGGAGUGUAAUUUACCUGACGAGAGACCUGGGCCCGAUGAAGACUUUACUGACAAUAAAAUUACACCAACACAAAACUUAAGUACAUCAUGGAGUACACGAUUGAAAGAAACAACAACAUGUGAAAAUCGUGAUAAUGCUUUGUCUAAUGAUAUCUUUGAUCCAUUGUUUCAAAUUGACGAAGAUUAUGCUCCGUUUGUCGAAUCUGAUGAAGAGGAAUCUAGUGAUAACAGUUUUACGCAGACUUAUAUUGAGUGGGGCAAAAGUUCAAGUAAACCCAAAUUUUCAUCUUCAGUACCAGUAAACGUUCCCAUGAUGGACAGAUCUGGUAGAGGACGAACCUUUGACGACGAUGAAAAAGAAGACAUGCCAUCGCCAGACAAAAUUGCAGAGUCGAUCCAGGCCCUUGCGCAAAGCCACGAUUCAAGAUACAUUUUUGGCGAGUUACCUCGACCACGGAAAAACACACUUCCCAUUAAUAAUUGAGAUAUAUAAUAAUAUGUAAAGUAUAAUUGCCAAAUAUUUAUAAAAUUCUAUUAAGCAAUUAUUGUUAAUAAUAUAUGUUUAUUUCAUAAAUGA